AUGUAUUACACCACUCUUGCCAUGCAUGAGGUUCAGCAGCCAGGUUUAGACAGAUGCUGUAAAAGGCCUGGUGAGACUCAGGAUUUAGACAGAUGUUGUAAAAGGCCUGGUGAGACUCAGGAUUUAGACAGAUGCUGCAAAAGGCCUGGUGUGACUCAGGAUUUAGACAGAUGCUGUAAAAGGCCUAGUGAGACUCAGGAUUUAGACAGUUGCUGUAAAAGGCCUGGUGAGACUCAGGAUUUAGACAAAUGCUGCAAAAGGCCUGGUGUGACUCAGGAUUUAGACAGAUGCUGUAAAAGGCCUGGUGAGACUCAGGAUUUAGACAGUUGCUGUAAAAGGCCUGGUGUGACUCAGGAUUUAGACAGAUGCUGUAAAAGGCCUAGUGAGACUCAGGGUUUAGACAGAUGCUGUAAAAGGCCUAGUGAGACUCAGGGUUUAGACAGAUGCUGUAAAAGGCCUAGUGUGACUCAGGAUUUAGACAGAUGCUGUAAAAGGCCUAGUGAGACUCAGGGUUUAGACAGACGCUGUAAAAGGCCUAGUGUGACUCAGGAUUUAGACAGACGCUGUAAAAGGUCUGGUGUGACUCAGGAUAUAGACAGAUGCUGUAAAAGGCCUAGUGAGACUCAGGAUUUAGACAGAUGCUGUAAAAUGCCUAGUGUGACUCAGGAUUUAGACAGAUGCUGUAAAAGGCCUAGUGUGACUCAAGAUUUAGACAGAUGCUGUAAAAGGCCUGGUGAGACUCAAGAUUUAGACAGAUGCUGUAAAAGGCCUGGUGUGACUCAAGAUUUAGACAGAUGCUGUAAAAGGCCUAGUGAGACUCAGGAUUUAGACAGAUGCUGUAAAAGGUCUGGUGUGACUCAGGAUUUAGACAGAUGCUGUAAAAGGCCUAGUGAGACUCAGGAUUUAGACAGAUGCUGUAAAAGGCCUGGUGUGACUCAGGAUUUAGACAGAUGCUGUAAAAGGCCUAGUGUGACUCAGGAUUUAGACAGAUGCUGUAAAAGGCCUAGUGAGACUCAGGAUUUAGACAGAUGCUGUAAAAGGCCUAGUGUGACUCAGGAUUUAGACAGAUGCUAUAAAAGGCCUAAAGAGACUCAGGAUUUAGACAGAUGCUGUAAAAGGCCUAGUGUGACUCAGGAUCUAGACAGAUGCUGUGAAAGGCCUAGUGUGACUCAGGAUUUAGACAGAUGCUGUCAAAGGCCUUGUGUGACUCAGGGUUUAGACAGAUGCUGUAAAAGGCCUAGUGAGACUCAGGAUUUAGACAGAUGCUGUAAAAGGCCUAGUGUGACUCAGGAUCUAGACAGAUGCUGUGAAAGGCCUAGUGUGACUCAGGAUCUAGACAGAUGCUGUAAAAGGCCUAGUGUGACUCAGGGUCUAGACAGAUGCUGCAAAAGGCCUGGUGUGAAUCAGGAUUUAGACAGAUGCUGUAAAAGGCCUAGUGUGACUCAGGGUUUAGACAAAUGCUGUAAAAGGCCUGGUGAGACUCAGGAUUUAGACAGAUGCUGUAAAAGGCCUGGUGAGACUCAGGGUUUAGACAGAUGCUGUAAAAGGCCUAGUGAGACUCAGGAUUUAGACAGAUGCUGUAAAAGGCCUAGUGAGACCCAGGAUUUAGACAGAUGCUGUAAAAGGCCUAGUGAGACUCAGGGUUUAGACAGAUGCUGUAAAAGGCCUAGUGUGACUCAAGAUUUAGACAGAUGCUGUAAAAGGCCUAGUGAGACUCAGGAUUUAGACAGAUGCUGUAAAAGGCCUGGUGUGACUCAGGAUUUAGACAGAUGCUGUAAAAGGCCUAGUGUGACCCAGGAUUUAGACAGAUGCUGUAAAAGGCCUAGUGAGACUUAG